AAGACCGACUACUACGUUGGCCGCAGGUGGACGAGCAGUAUUACUUGAUGAGGAAGAGGACCUGCAGGCCGGGGAUCCUCGUCUUGCAGUGAAAUACGAGCCUGGGGGAGGUUUACCUCAACAACGUGAAGACGAGGGGGGACAACAGUUUCUAGACCGGCCUGCUCCUGCUCGAGAGCGGCUCGAAGAAAUACCGGAGGAUGAACCUUCCCGUUUUUAUCGUUCUCGGUGGGGAGGUGUCAUGAACGUGAACACUGGAAGGGACAAAAGCCGAGGACAAGUAGAUACUAGACGACCUGACAACGCUCUUGAUGCUGCUGAUCAAGAAGAUGGAAGUCGUCAUGAAGACCUUGACCUUCCUCAAAAAAUUCAUCAUGACGUCGCUGAAGGAGC